AUGGCAGGUGUUAAUAUGGAGACCUUUUCUCGUCUGACCGUGAAUGACUGUUGGGUCGUUGGGCUCGAGCGUUUCGCUGUUGGUGCUGCUGGAGAAGAAGAGGAGUUUUUCGAGAUUAGGACUGAAUGGUCUGAAAAAAGCAUAACAUAUCUGCGAAGGAGAUAUUACGAUCUAGCAAAACUUGUUAAGAAUUUAAGUAUAUCAUUUCCAGACGACAGAGGACGUUUGUCUCAAUCAAUGAUGCUUAAGGCACUACAGAGGAUAAAAGAAGCAGAGGAAAACAAUAACGUUAAAACGAGGUUGGAUGAAGUGGAAAAAUUACUGAGAAAUAUAAUCAAAAUGCCACAAAAGUUCUCUCACUCUGAGGCAGUUCUUACAUUUUUCAAGACUUCUCCUCUUGACUACACUUUGAAAACCAUGUAUGAACCAAUCCAGCCUCUCUACCAGAGUCCUGUCACUGUAGCUGAUGUAAGAAGGGCCAAUGGGUUUUGUUUGGCCAACACAGAAACUGUUCUUUUUGAUCCAUAUUUACUAGCACAAGGAGCAGACACAUCAUCAACGUACAGCUCUGAGAUUGAGUCCCAGAUAUGGACUGGAAUGAGAAUUCCAAAUGGGAUCAAAUGCAUAAAGGAAACUGUUCACAAACCUGGCAAUAGCUUCAUGACUGCUGGUACCCCUGAAAGUAAAGACACAGACUAUCAACUGAAAAUAUCACAGAUUACCACCAGCAACAUGACCUACCUCGACCUACAAGCCUGUGAGACAGACAUUCUUGAAUGACAUCGUGCACUUGACAAUGCAAUUACAGCUUUCUAGUGUGGAAGUCCACAGAAAUAUUCAUUUUUAAGGCUUAGUCUGUAAGAAUAAUAUUUUUUAAAAUAAAAUAAUACAUUUCUAAAGGAUUUCUAAAGAUUU